AUGGUAACAUAUACCCAAGAUCAGCUGGAUCGCUAUUUCCGGCAUAUCGGCUAUUCGCCGAAGGAUGCCGAAGACGACCUCGGCAGGCUCGCCAUGUUGCAGCUACGCCACAUGGCCCGCGUUCCGUUUGAGAGUCUGACAUUGCAUUACUCCCAACACCACAGAUUGUCACUGGACCUGGAGGACCUUUUCGAAAAGAUCGUCGACAAGGGGAGGGGAGGCUACUGCAUGGAGGUCAAUACGUUCUUCGGGGCCGUCUUGCGCAGUCUGGGUUACACACUCAUUAACGUAGGAGGAAGAGUGAAGGCAGGCGAUGGAGAGUACAAAGGAUGGAAUCACAUGGUCAACAUCGUGACCAUCAACAACACACGUUAUCUGGUUGACGUAGGAUUCGGCUCCCAUGGCUCGGUUAAUCCAGUGCCCCUGGAGCACAACUACAUCUUUACCACAGUCUCCCCAGUACGAGGUAAACUCGAAUACAAAAGCCUCUCCCAACACACCGAUCCUACCAACCAAAGGAUAUGGGUAUACUCAACCCAGGAAAACCCGUCUGCGCCCUGGAAGGAAAUGUACUGUUUUGCCGCCGACACAGAGUUCUUCCCGGCCGAUUUUGAGGUCAUGAACCUAUCAACUAUGACCAGCCCUCAAAGCUUCUUUGUACAGACCGUCAUGUGCAUGUGGUUUCUGCUCAACGACAACAACGACGACGACAAACAGGAACAGCCUGUAGGCCUCCUGAUCUUGCACAAGGAUUAUGUUAAGAGGAGGAUAGGCGAUAAGUCCGAGAUCAUCGAGCAAUUUGAGUCGGAAGAGCAGAGAGUGAAGGCCCUGCAGAAGUAUUUCGGCAUCGCGCUUACAAGAAAAGAGAAGGAGGCAAUUCGCGGCUUGCCAAGCGAGUUGAAGACGAGGUGCGGGCAUUGUUAA